AUGUUAAACGUUAAUAUUGAUUUUUAUUAUUGUGACCCUCAACCAGAAGACGUAGACAUUAACAAGGUAGACUUUCCAUUAGUGGAAUCAAUAAUGAUAGAUCCAGAAUUUGAAACAGUAAAUAUUUUAUUAACACAGAGUCCAUGUGGAAAACUUCACGCUGACAGAAUUACAGACGUUGAAGCACUCACAGGAUAUAAAGUUUGCCCCUUUUGCAAAGAAGAAGUUUAUUCUAUCCGUGAUGAUCCAGAAAGGAAAAACCAAAGAAGAUUUUUAAAGCAUUGUGAGAAAUGUAAAGAAAAUAAUGGAAGAUUAAUUCAAGACGUUCAGUUGCAAAAGACACAGCAACCAUAUGCACCACAUAUUACGAAACAGAAGAUAUAUCAGUGGUUAUUAGCUCACAAUUUGCAGAAAUAUUAUAAACCGACAAGAUAUUAUAUUACUUUUGACUUUGAAACAUUAGAGACUAAAGAAGAAUUACAACUUUCUGAGUGUGCAACUUUGAACGCUUACUUAAAACCAUUUAUGGUAUCAUCAACUGUCAAAAUAAAGCCGCAAAGCGGCGAGGUCGUAGACCGUGAUAAAACAUUUACGAGGAAUUUUUGCUUAACAUCAAGUGAUUCGUUCAUCUCUGAUUGGAUUGAAUUUUUAUUUUCAACCUGUUCAUUAGUUGCUAAAUCAAAUAUUGAACAAUAUGAAGAAUUAAUGAAUACAUUAAAUGAGAAACAAAAGGAAGCAAUGAAAGAGCUUUUAGAUGAAGAAUUUAAUAAAGUGAAUAUCAUUGGUUUUAAUUCGGGAAAGUUUGAUUUAAAUUUAAUUCUUCGUGAUUUAAACACUGCAAAAUGGAAAAUAAAAUCAAUGCUGGGUUCAUCUUCACAAUUUAAGCAAAUCAUUGUAAAGAAAACAAACAUUCCAUAUGAAUUGAGAUUUAUUGACAUCAGAAAUUAUAUAGCGGGUGGAACAUUAGACCAAUUCACUCAAGAUUUCGGAAACAAUAAAUCACGUGUUAAAUCCUUUUUCCCUUAUCAAUUCAUCACAUGGGAGAAUUACGAAGAAGAAUUAUAUAAAGAGGAACCAUUCACGAAAGAUUCAUUUUAUUCAGCAUUAACACAAGAAACAAUAUCCGAUUCAGAUUAUCAAAUAUAUCUCAAUGAUGCUAAAAACUUUAAGAAUAGAUUAG